CCUAACUUUGAUAACUCUCAUUUCUAUAUCAUUCUUCUUAAAUUCCUCUACAAUCUUAACCCUCUCAAUUUAAACCUCUACAAAAAUUAAAUUGAGAUUAAAAUUCACACAAAAAUAAAUUUUUUAAAAAAUGGACACAGAGAACCAAAGCCAAUUAAGCACUUGGCCUGGUUAUGUUGAUUGGAAAAAUAAGCCUGCACUUACUAAUAAACAUGGUGGCUUAAUUCCUGCCUCCUUUGUCUUAGUUGUGGAGGUGUUGGAAAAUUUGGCAUAUUUGGCUAAUGCAAGUAAUUUGGUGUUGUAUAUGUCUGAGUACAUGCAUUUUUCACCAUCAAAAUCAGCAAAUUCUGUGACUAAUUUUAUGGGCACAGCAUUUUUAUUGGCACUUCUUGGUGGAUUCUUAUCUGAUGCCUUUGUCACUACUUAUUACAUCUAUCUCAUCAGUGCACUCAUUGAAUUUCUGGGGCUAGUGGUGCUCACCAUACAGGCUCGUUCGGGGUCGUUGAAGCCACCAACGUGCGACCUUCAAGCAACUCCGAACGUGCCUUGUGAACAAGUUCAUGGUGCACAAGCUGCAAUGUUGUUCAUAGGACUCUACCUAGUGGCGUUAGGCGUUGGAGGUAUAAAGGGAUCGCUGCCACCCCACGGUGCUGAACAGUUUGAUGAAUCAACACCACAAGGAAGAAAACAAAGAUCAAGUUUCUUCAAUUACUUUGUGUUCUGUCUCUCCUUUGGAGCUCUCAUUGCUGUCACAUUCGUCGUUUGGGUGGAAGACAAUAAGGGUUGGCAAUGGGGAUUCGGAAUAUCAACGUUAGCUAUAUUCUUAUCGAUCCCAAUCUUCCUUGCUGGUUCGUCGUUCUAUAGGAACAAGAUACCUAGUGGAAGCCCUCUCACAACAAUCAGCAAGGUUCUUAUUGCUGCCUUGGUGAAUUCGGGUGCAUCAAGAAACUCAACUAGUGCUAUAGUAAGUAUGACUUCAAGCCCUUCUCCUCCAAUUCCAACGGGCAAGGAAAAUGGCGAAGAUUCAAAUAGAAAAGACGUUGGAUCAAUGCACACUCCAUCGACAAGUCUUAGCUUUCUUAAUCGAGCUGUUUCAGAUACACCAGCUUGUAGUAGUAGUGCAUUUGAAUGCACAGUGCAACAAGUGGAAGAAGUUAAGAUUGUGAUGAAAAUCCUCCCGAUUUUCGCUUGCACCAUCAUGCUCAACUGUUGUCUAGCUCAACUCUCAACAUUCUCAGUCCAACAAGCAGCCUCGAUGAACACAAAGGUCGGUUCUUUAAAAGUCCCUCCGGCUUCCCUCCCUGUUUUCCCCGUAGUAUUCAUCAUGAUCUUAGCUCCAGUUUACGAUCACUUCAUCAUCCCAUUUGCUCGUAGAGUAACCAAAACAGAAAUGGGAAUCUCACACCUCCAACGUAUUGGUAUCGGGCUGUUCCUAUCCAUCGUGGCAAUGGCAAUCGCAGCCCUAGUUGAAAUCAAACGUAAGAGAGUAGCUACUGAUUCAGGACUCAUCGACUCUGCUCAACCAUUGCCUAUAACAUUCUUUUGGAUCGCGUUUCAGUACUUAUUUCUCGGGUCAGCUGAUCUUUUCGUUCUAGCAGGACUACUAGAAUUCUGUUUCUCAGAAGCACCAGUGAGUAUGAGAUCAUUGGCAACAUCUCUCUCGUGGGCUUCUUUAGCCAUCGGAUACUACCUCAGCUCGGCGAUUGUGUCUAUUGUCAACCGUGUAACAGGCAUUUCAACGAACAAGCCAUGGCUCGCGGGUAGCAGCUUGAAUCACUAUCAUUUGGACAGGUUCUACUGGCUAAUGUGCAUACUCAGUGCAUUAAACUUUAUGCACUACUUAUUCUGGGCUACAAAAUACAAGUAUACAUCACUCAAAUCUAGCAAGUAACACAUGUGAACAGAGUUGUGCUGAAGAAAUUUUGGAAUGUUAAAACAGACGAAAUAUAUGCAUAGAGGGACGGCCCGCGACUUAUCGGACCCCCUCUUGUGUGACUCGAAGCAAGGGAUUUCAACAAGGGAAUUCGAAAAAAAAUACAAGAAUGUCAUACCAAUGAGUGAUCAAACGAUGUUAAGCAAUUUUAUCGAGCCAUCCUUUGUCGGUACACUUAUAUGUAAAGAAUGUUGAACAAUAUAUAAUAUUUAACAAAUUUUGUUUUACUAUUUAUACGGUAUAA